UUUAAUAUAAAAAUCAAAUACACCUAACAAAACCAUAAAUAGAUAGAACAUGAACUGAAAUAAUCGUCAACAGACUAGAUUAUGGAAUUGGAAUUGUAUGCGCACUCUCGUUUUUGAGAUUAAUAAAUAGGGUCGUUGCCACUACAUGCUGGAGUUUUGUUAACAUAAGCGCGAUGAGUAGAUCGCUGUAAUUUUCUUUCUGCAGAAAGUAUAUUAAUUAAUAAUUACAGUGAUAGUGAAAAAGUUCGCGAUUUCAUUAUAAUUCCGUUAGUAAUAGAUGCACGAACAAAGGAGGCACUCGGAGGCAUUGAAGCGCAGCAAGAGAGAAGCGUAGCCAUUUUAUAACGGGACAACUGAUAAAGAAGUUUGUAUGUAACCGGAAUGGUGAAAAGAUCAGUUGGAGCAAGGAACGGGAACAUAGUUACAUCUCUAGGAAACAGAGAGGUAGACAGACUCUACACUACAGUCGACGCAUGCUAUUUGGCGAUAUAGGUACUUCAGUAAUAAUUUUGUGUGCGGCGUCGAAAACAUUUUGAAUUGACGUGUGAGUUGUGAUGUGAAUUUAAAGCUUAUUGAAGUGUUUUCAAUAUGAUAUGUACGACUUUAAAGGAUUCUAAAGCGAGUAAUGCAUGCUUACAAUAGUGAUGUGAAUUUAAUCGAGUGUAUGUGUCUGGGCAAUGCGAUGAACAGCAUCUUUUAUCAUGUAGAAGCAGCGUGUUUCAGCAACUAAACAAUUCCAACCGAACGGUACAUUACUUCAAUGUAUGUAGGUUACAUUAGUUAAAUAAGUUAUAGAAAAAUGUAUGCGAAAGGAAAGGGAUCCUCAGUGCCGUCCGAUGCACAAGCGAGAGAAAAAUUGGCACUGUACGUUUACGAGUAUUUACUUCAUGUUGGUGCACAGAAAGCUGCACAGACAUUUUUGUCUGAGAUACGAUGGGAGAAAAACAUAACAUUAGGAGAACCUCCAGGAUUUUUACAUUCGUGGUGGUGUGUUUUUUGGGAUUUAUAUUGUGCCGCUCCUGAAAGGAGGGACACUUGUGAGCAUUCUUCAGAAGCAAAAGCCUUUCAUGAUUACGGUUUCGUGAAUUCGGGUUAUGGAGUCAAUGGAAUUGCCCAUAACACUGGCCCAGCACCAAGCCCCUUAGGACAAAUGCCACCCUCAGAUGGGAUGCCUAGUGGUCCGUUACCUCCUGGAUUCUUUCCAAAUUCUACAUUACGUCCGUCACCGCCUACCCACCCCUCAAGUCAGCCUUCACCACAUUCGCAACCACCACCACCACAUUCACAGAUAAUGACCUCACAGCCCUUCAUGGGACCCCGAUAUCCAGCUGGACCGAGGCCAGGGGUUAGAAUGCCCCAGAUUGGAAGUGAUUUUAACGGGCCUCCUGGACAACCCCUAAUGAAUAAUAUGGACCCCACUAGACAAGGUGAAGGCGGAGAGUAUGUAGGUUGGCAAGGACCUCCUGCAGCAAUGAACAGAAUGAACCCGCCGAGAGGGCCUUCUAUGGGCCCUUUGGGUCCAGGGAACUAUGGCCCAGGAUUGCGUGGACCACCGCCCAAUAGUAGCCUAGGUCCAGGAGGGCCCAUGCCGCCGAUGACCAUGACAGGCCCAGGAGGGCGACCCCAGUGGCAGCCCAAUACGUCAACUCUACCAGGCGAGGCACUCAACUUGGCAGCAAAAGGGCCCAUGAACUACUCCUCUUCGUCACCGGGUAAUUAUGGCGGUCCUCCAGGCUCGGCCGGUCCCGCAGGCCCAGGAACGCCCAUAAUGCCCAGCCCACAAGACUCCAGUAAUUCCGGAGGAGAAAACAUGUACACAUUAAUGAAACCAGCAGUGGGAGGAAAUAUGCCCGGUGAUUUCCAGAUGGGAGGAGGACCAGACGGGUCGGGCCCCAUGGGACCUAUGGGACCCAACUCGAUGGGGCCAGUAUUAAACGGUGAUGGAAUGGAUGGUAUGAAAAAUUCACCUGCUAAUGGAGGACCGGGAACGCCGAGAGAAGACAGUGGUAGUGGCAUGGGAGAAUACAACAUAGGAUUCGGAGGACCUGGGGAAAAUGACCAAACGGAAUCAGCUGCUAUUUUGAAAAUAAAAGAGAGCAUGCAAGAGGAGGCCAAGAGGUUUGAGAAAGACUCGGACCACCCUGAGUAUUUUAUGCAAUAACUCACUUGCCUCGCCUCUUUGGCUGGUGGACGCCUGUUUUUUCUACUUAACCUGUACUAACACGGGCGGUGGUGUGCUCAAUACUCAGCUCUUCAAUACGCCAGGCCACCGACUUCACUAGUCAUGAGUGUUCUGUUCUGUUUGCAGAUAUUCCUAUGAGGCUGAGCUGAGAUAGAGCAAACCGGCCCUCCCCUGGACUGAACCGUCAUUUGAAUACAUGUGCGUCUCAUGGUUAUGGUUCCUCUACUUUCCACCACCACUUUUGUACACCAUAGUCACUACAAGACAUGAAACAUACUCGAAUGUCCACCAGCCUAGGCAAGGUUGGAUAUAGUCAUUAGGGAUGCACCGAAUAUUCGGUUUGAUGCCCCAUUUCCAUUCAUUUCGGACUUAGGAACUAUCGUACAAACACCUUUUGCAACCAGUUUUUAAUCAAUAUUGUUAAUCCAAUCACAAUGGGCUUGUUCAUUUCAAGGUACUAUUAUAUAUACUAUUCUUAUAUAGGACGUUAAUUGUUGAAUUAGGCAUAGAGCAGUUAGGCAUAGAGUAUUAUUUGCAAUUUUAAAUCUGGCAAAGAAUUUUUAAAGUCGCCAACGUUUAAAGUUUAAAGACCAACUACGCCCUAUCAUCAAACUAAUGUGGUGACACGCCAAACAUGUCUAAUUCAACAACUAAAGUUCUGUCACACAAAAAAGUAGCUACUAAAUAUUAUUAUUUAGUACUUACAAUAAAAAUCAUAUUUAAAUUAUUUUAACAUUUGUAAUAUGUAUUUCUCGUUUUUCAGUUUCCAAAGUAGUGUUAUCUAAUUGUAUUCUACUCGAGGUUAAUACCUAAUCCAGAAAUCCUUCAGUAACAAUAGAAUUUUUUAUAUUGCUAAGCGCUUUGUGAGUCAAAUCAACACAUAAACCUCACAAAUGGGGCAAGUGGGUUAAAACUUUUGACAGACCCAAUAUUAUUGGAAGAAUUAAAUUAGGGCAUUCCCAAAAAUGUUUUUCUUGCUAUCUAUGUGCAAAUUUAUGCACAUUUGCACAUAGAAUGCACAAUUGAACAGAACUUUUUUGUUUUGCGAUGGAUGAUUAUUAGGAAAUAUGAUAAAAACGAUAUAAAACGUAUAUAAGGAAAAUAUGAUAAAGGUAUGGACCGAAAACUAAAUGAUGCAGCUCUUAGGAUGUGAAUAGUGAAUUAGAAAAGAUGAAUUAGAUUUCGUUGUUUUAUUGAACUCAGUAAUGGACCAACAAAGUAAAACUAGAAAGGCAAAACGAUAAACAAAGAUUUAGAAAUAUUAACUCAACAAAAACGACUUUCUUAAAACUUUUAAACAAUUUCAAAAUUAAAAUAAAAUAAAAUUUAUACCAUUUUUAUUCAGUUGCAAUGCGAAGGCAAAACAAUCUUAUUUUUCACUUAGAAUAGGGAGCGCAGUCCAGCACUCUGAAUCUACGAUUUUCGACUCUUAUUGGAGUCAUCAUCGGAGAGGCCAAGGUCUGCUGCUCUCUACUCGAAGUGACCAACCAUGAAAGUUUAUCCCCACAUUGCAACUGACGUGUAUGGAUUAGGUGACUAGCGUCAUCUGGCAAUUGAAAGGUAAAGUUUUCAAUCCUAAUAGCAACAUUAAUAAUAUUGAAAAAUAUUAAAACUAUUACUAAAAGAUUUUUAAAUUGAAAACUUAUUGGUCCAUUUCCCUGGUGACACCUCCAAGGCUUUUAAAAUUUGCAAGCCAGAUGGAUGCUGCAGUGAAGACAAAGGAAGGGAAUUCUAAAAAGUUGCAAUUUCAAAAUUAUUUUCAAACCAUUGAGUAUUUUAGAGAGAAUCUUUAGACCGAGUAGAUGCGAUACUUUUAUAUCGAUAUUUAUAUAUCGAUAUGUAAAUACCGAUAUUCAGUAAUAAAACUUUUUCAGAGUCCAUUGUGAUAUAAAUAAAAUGUAUUUUGUAUUUGAUAUUAUGAUAGUCCUAAUCCAGAUGUUUAUAAAGCCAGUUAUUUUAUAAGAUACCCAUAUCCAACCGAAUAUUUGGUUAGUUUGGGUAGUAAAGAGGAAAAACAGUUUUUAUAACAACCUAGAUUUAUUGUCUCUAAUUAUCCAUAACGAAAAUCAUUUGUACAUGCUUCGAUUCUAAACUAUCUCCUUGUAAAGAUUUUAUGUAAUUUUGAGAUUGAUUGUAACACUUAUUUGUCUCCGUAAUUUUGUUAUAUUGUUUACUAGCAUUGUUGAAUUAUAUGGAGAUUGUUUCGAAUUUUGAUUACAUUAUACAUGAUUUUGAAAAGUUUGAUUUUGAAGAAAAAUUCUGGUCAUAAUUGUAUGCAUAGAUUUGUAUCUCAAAAAUUAUUUUGUUAUAAUAUCCAUUGAUCAUUUCUGUGGCUGCACAAAUCUGUCAAUCGAUCCUUUUUACUGGCCAGAAUAUUUUGUCCAACUGGUAUGUUGUGAUUUAAUUAAGCAUCCUAAACAAAUCAAACCUAAAACCUAAAACUGAGCAAUCUAUAGUAAAUUAGUACGGAAAUUGUAUUUAAUAUAACGAGUACUUCACUAUAAUAAGAUACUGCAAUAAAUUGUAUUAGUCAAAAUAAAUAAGACUUCAAGACAAGAGUUAUCAUCAUCAUGGCUUUACAAACCUCAAAAACUGUCGCGACAAAAUGUCCUUGUUUUAAGUAAUAACCCUGUGGAAAAUUAUGCCGUCUAUAAUGUAAAGAAUUAUAGAAAAUGUCAAUUGAUCUCCGACAUGUAGUUUUUGAUCAUUUUUAAAGAAGUUGGAAGCAAAAAAAUGUUAAAAAAGCCUCUACGCUAGUUAUUUUUACAAUGGAAGUACCCACUACUCACCCUUUAACCAUUAAUUUUCAGUUAAUGGAAUAUAUCGCACCCUCAGUAAUAUAGAGGCACAAUUCAAAAAAGUUGAUUUUUGGGAAAUCGCGUUUAAAGAUUCUGGUUUCUAAAAUUCAGCUAUUUUUUCAAAUGACAUGCUUAUUAUUUAAGUUAUAAACGUGAAAUUUGGCAGAUUUGUUAUUUGAUAAUUGCACUAUAAAUAGCGAUGAGAAAAAAAUUAAUAUGAAUAAAUUUCAUUAAUUACAUGUAAUUGAAAAAAAUACUUUCAAGUUAGUCCCAUAUAGUACAAAAAACAUAACAGAAAUAAGGAACUAUUUAAGUAUGAUCCCUUAUAUUAUUAAUGUCCUGUCACUGUUAUGCAAAAUAACGAUCUAUUAUGAAUUAGACCGAUUUAUUUAUUAUAUUUUGAAUAAUAUAACGGCUCAACUAAAAAUGAUUCUAUAUAAUACAAAAUGUUAAAACACAAACUAACCAGGAUUUUCGUCAUAGAAAGACAUGUUACUGAUUGCUCCCUUGUAGCAGUAAAAACCAGAGAUGGCGGGGGAGAGUGAGAGAGAGGCAUAAAUAUAUUUACCGAACCAUUCAUCUUCUUUUUCUCCCUUUGUCAACGCUAACUGGUAGAGAAUUUCAUUUUGUGUCCAUAUCCAAAAUCACAGUUAACACAAAUUUUGAGUUGAGUCCUUAUAUUACUGAGAGUGCGAAUUGACCAUUGUGUGAAAAAUUCAUACUGUUAGAUGGGAUUACUGUGAGUUUUGCUUGCUAUUUGUAUUUAGAAAGAAAGAUAUAAUUUCAAAAAGAAGGUACCACCCGUGACAAAUUUCAUAAUUUAAGAUCAAAUAUACAUGAAAUUAAUAGUAACAUAUGGCGUAGAAACAUAAUAAACAUUAUCAAUACUUUUGAAAGAAAGAUAUUGGGACCGAUUUGUAUCAAUACUAAAAGAUUCCUGCAAACCCUCUAUAGCAAAUUAUGCAAAAAUACAAAGAUUGCGCUGGGCAGGUCACCUUAUAAGAAAGGAUAGUAACAGAACACCUAGUGGGACGUCGACCAGUAUGAAGACCAAGGACGAGGAGGAUAGACGAAGAGAGAACCGGUGAUAAAGAGAUAUUGAGGAUGGAUAAUUGGAAGAGAUAAGCCAACGAAAGAGAUGUUUAGAGGCGGAUUCUGGGGGAGGCCAGGGCCCCACUUGGGCUGUAGCGCCAUAGGAGAUAGAUGCAUAAAAAUAAUGAACGACUUACUAUCUGAGAUUACUAUUAUAAGAACCAAGGGUGAAUCUCUUUAAAUAUAAUAAUGAGAUGGCCUAACUACCUACUAUAAUUGAGGGGCUUGGAAGUAAAAGGGUUUAAGUGCACUUUUUUCAAAUUCUGACCUAAGUACAGAUUCGCAUAACUAAAUGGUAUUAUAACUUGGUGGUAAAUUGAUCUAAGCAUAUUUUUUGCCCUACAGGCGCCAUCUAUCGCCAUUACAUUUUGUUCAAUGAAAACAAUUGCAGUUUGCUUUGGUAGUAAACAGGUUUAUCCAUGCUCUUGAACCGUUUUACCACAAAACUAUUUUUAGUAUUCUGUAAAAACAAAUAGUAAGAAACGGGUUUAAGUGCGCUUGAACCAUUUUACCACAAAACUAUUUUUAAUAUUUUGUAAUGUGUAAACACAUGUUAAUACAGGAUUAAUUUCAAGUAAAUAAAUAUUAGAUUUGUGACCAAUUUUGAAGACUAAUUAAGUAUUAUACAACGUGCCAGUUGUAGUUACACUGGAUAAAAGCUAUCAAUUGAGGGGACCAGACGUAAAAUGGUUUAAGUGUAGUUUUGAUAGUUCUGAGAUAAUCAGCUCCAAAGUUGUUUGAAUUUUAUAAAUUCUAGGAGUUAUUAAACUAAAAUAUGUCUAGUGUACAAUGUACUAUAAAAUGAUAAAAAUAUAAGGGUAUAUUAUUAUUCUUACUAUAUAUCCUUCCUUUUUUUCAAUUAUUAAAAAAAUAUACUUGAAUCGGUACAUGGUGUUGAUAAAUGUUACAGGUAAAACGGUUCAAGUGCAGAUGUUAACUACAUAUUACUAAUCAUUUUGGUCCCAGCUGUUACCCACAGUGUAACUACAACUGGCACGUUGCAUAAUGCUUAAUUAGUCUUCAAAAUUGGUCACAAAUCUAAUAUUAUUUACUUGAAACUAAUCCUGUAUUAACAUGUGUUUACACAUUACAGAAUACUAAAAAUAGUUUUGUGGUAAAAUGGUUCAAGUGCACUUAAACCCGUUUAUUACUGUUUGUUUUUACAGAAUCCUAAAAAUAGUUUUGUGGUAAAAUGGUUCAAGCGCACUUAAACCCGUUUAUUACUAUUUGUUUUUACAGAAUACUAAAAAUAGAUUUGUGGUAAAACGGUUCAAGCGCACGGUUAAACCUGUUUACUACCAAAGCAAACUGCAAUUGUUUUCAGUGAACUAAAUGUAAUGGCGAUAGAUGACGACUGUAGGGCGAAAUAUGCUUAAAUCGUUUUACAACCAAGUUCUAAUACCAUUUAAGUAUGCGAAUCUGUACUUAGAGUAGAAUUUUAAAAAAGUGCACUUAAACCCUUUUACUUCUAACCCCCUCAAUUAUUCUUGUUUUUUCAUAAAAAGUUUACUCAUAAAAGGUGUGACCUGACCACAGAUUCUUAAAAUCGAAGUCCUUCAUUCACUUAAAUUAAUGACAGCUUGCAGUUCUUAUUUUUCUAAAUGACUACGUGUAUUCGUAAUGUCAUAGAAUACAUGGCCUGACUUCCUAGAUUUUCCAUAAGAUAUAGCAAAUUAUUGAUAACGGAAACAUACUAAAAGAAGUACCUCAACAAAAAAGGGCUCUGAUCACUACAUCUGACAUUUCAUAAUUUUUCUAUCUAAAAUCUACAUAUAUGUUGCAGUAUCUGUUAUUUUUUAGAUAACGUAUUUUAUUUAAACAAAAAUUAAUUAAAUAAUUUAUUAUACUAUUUUACUUUAAUGUGAAUUUUUUAUACUAGUUGGUUCUAUUAAUUAAACAUGAUUCAGUAUUAGUUUUUGGGAUUCUUGACAAUAUCGGCAAAAUUGUAGGUAAACUGAUGAUGAACUCGUAUCUAAAAUCCCAUAAGGCUCUCAUUUCAUCAAAAUGCAACACAUAACUUAAAUUUGAAUCGGAAAAAUAACUUUGUUUAUUCUGUAAGAUAAUAUUAGUCACUUGUGCCAUUAAUAAAAAUUAAUUUAUUGUAAACGUCAAUGACAGCUUAAUUAAUUGUGAAAUCAGGGAAUUUUUAGAGUCUACUUUCUGAUGUUUCAGUAGGUAUUGGUGAAACAAAUAAUUGAAACGAUUUUUUUAUAGAAAAAACCUUAUUUACCAUAUACUAUAACUACUAUUUACAGUUUGUAUAGUCAAUUGUUGGGCCAAAUGUGUCGUGAAAAUUUGGCCUAUUUAGUUCAUGUUAUUCGCAAUUUAAGACAGAACAAAAAUAACAAGAAAUGUUUAAGGGAUAUGUCCCAUAUGGGGUUAGAUGGACAUCCAAGUCUUGACGUCACAAAAUUGGGAGGAGCUUAUAUUUGACUCCAAACAGUUUUGUUUAUAUUGUUAAACACUCAUAAGGAAUUUUUAAUUUAUUGUUUACGUGGUUUGUGUGACAAAAUAAGACUUUUCAUUUAGGUAUUUAGUUAAAGAAACGUGUCAAUUAAGAGAUUUUUGUUCGUUUUUGCCCAGGUGAGUUAAUUUUGUGCAAUGAUUAGAACGUAAACAGUUUUGAGGUUAUGUUUAUUUUCAACCACUAAGGAAUAAAAACCACCUGAGCAAAAACGAAUAAAAAUCUCUUAAUUAACUAACACGUUUCUUUAACGAAAUACCUAAAUGAAGUCUUAUUUUGCCACACAAAGCACUUAAAUGAAAAAUUCCUUAUGACCAUUUAACGUUACAAACAAAAUUGUUUGGAGUCAAUAUAAGCUCCUCCCAAUUUUGUGACAUUUGUGACGUCAGACUUAGGCUGUCCAUUGAUUGUAAUGAAAAUUACGUUUUUAAUUACCGUUUGACGUUUUGAAAUCGUUUUCAAAAAAGAUCUUUAAAGAACGGAAACUUGACAAAUCUCAGGUAUUUAAACAUGCCUGGGGCAAUGAACAUGGAGUACAUUAGAAAGGUGAAUCGAUAAUCAUGAAAGAAACGGACAUGUCAACGAGAAAAAUCAAAGAAACGUCUCUCAUCCUACUUAAUGAAGAAAAAUAUGUAACAAACCCAUCAGCAGAAUGUAGCAGACUUUCAUUGUCAGUAUGUCAGUACCAAAAGAAUUUAACAACAGCAUAUUAAUAUAAAUUCGUGAGACAUACAUAUCUACAAUUCUACAUAAUACAUACACUAAUACAUAUGCAACAUACAUUACCCAAACAAGUGUAUAAUCCACAAGCCAAAAUAAUACAAAAGCACGCAAAAUAGUCAGAAAUUUGUUAUCCCAAGCGUACAAACACCACACUUAUAUUUCUUUGAACAUAUUGGUUAUACAUUUUGCCUAUAUUUUUCAACGAAAGCUUUUUUUUUGUUUAUAAAUUCGCAAAGUCUGUGUGUUAUUGCGUUGCCGCUCCUGCAAUACUUAGAGCAGAUUUAUCGAUUCCUAUGUAGUUUUGUCUUCUGAAUCCAAAUCUGAAAACGGCAUUUCGAUAUCUCUAACCGUCUUCGAGAUAACCGACCUCAAAGUGUAAAAUGUGACGUCACAAUCCUUUUAUUUUCUGCCGACACACUAAACGUCAGCUGAAAUCGUUGCUAGUAAGUAGGCUAGUUUUUUAAUCUGAAUUUGUUAAGCAAAGCAUAGGUUAUUUACAUUAUUUGAGUUUGACAGUUCGUGAAGGUCAAACUAAAUUUUAAAUAAAGUAUUAAUAAAAUAUCAAUGACAUUUGAUAGUGAAUUUAAUUAUUAUAUAAAAUAAAUACGAUGUUCAAAAAUACAAUUCGAGUAUAUUUUGAAAGCAAUAAUUUAUUAACAAUUUUAAAAAGGUUUAUACGAGUAUACGGCCUCCCCUUUAAUGGGAGUACCGAAUGAUAAAUGGACUGUUCCAUUUGUUAUGGAAUGAAAAUUGUUAUUAUAGUCGGUUCGCUAAACUCUGACACAACUGGCUAGUGAUUUUAGUAGGUAUUUUUUUUUUGUUUUUUGCCAAUUUUGCCAAAAUUGGCAAGAUUACUAAUUAUUUAGUAAUUAUUAACUAUUUAGUAAUUAUUUUUUUUGUCAAAUUGGUAAAAUUACUGACUAAAAUCACUAGCCAGUUGUGUCUGAGUUUAGCGAACCGACUAUAUGAAAUGUUGUUUGGAAUAAAAAAUUAUGGUCUGAUAUGUGCAAUUACAUCCUUCUAAUGGAAAAAAAUAUUUGAAGAUUUUUCUCAAAUUAUGGAUACCUACCAACAUCAUUUUCAUUUAUAACUCUUUUAUUUUUAAUUUGACGAAGAAAAGUUGUUCUCCAUAAAAAGCUCUUCAUGUUCUAAGAUUUAUGAUGCAAAUUUUAUUAAUUUUAUAUGAGGUAUAUAAAAAAUAUGAAUUUCGAUCAAGAGUAAAGUACCUUUAUAGUUCACAACAUUUAAAUUAGAAUGAUAUAAUUGCACAUUAAAACAUAAUUUUUAAUUCUAAACAACUUUUCAUAAUAGCAAUUUUCCAUAUUAUGAAUUAAAAUACGUAAAUAAACAAAGUUUUCGUAAUGUUCGCAUUUUCAGCUUGUUUAAGUAUGUUUAGGAGACUAUUUCGUGAGUGGAAAUCACAACUUCAAAUACAUAUUAGUUAAAAAUGUAAUUUUUAUUACAAUCGAUUGUGGCUUAAUCCCAAAUAAACAUAAUAAUUAGCUGUGAAAAUUAAGUUGUCAUUGUUAAGUUAAAAGUUUUUUUUGGCAGAAAUGGUAAUAGCAUAAGUGAUUUUACGGUGAAAACCGUUCGUUAUUCGGUUGGUAAGAUUUGAUCAAAUUUGUACAAAAUACUAUUCGGUACAUCUCUAAUAUUGAACGAGUUUUGUGUAGUAAUGUACUGCUUGCAUGUCUCUACAUUCCUUCUUGGGGCAGAUUAGUAUUAUACAGAAAAACGUAACUUUUUAAAGGUGGAUUGAUGGGACUACCUCUAAUCUACCCCAUCUCAUGUUGACAACGAUGUCCAUGCAAUAAGUGCAAACAGGAGUUCACAAUCCUCUUUUUCUCCUGUAAUAUAACGAAAGAACUCCGCAAACUACCCAAAAAAGUGAUGGUGCAAUUAAUAAUUUUAUAAUUGAAAGUGUACACACGAUUUUUACUUAUAAACUCUUUUAUAUGAGGCAAAAUUGUGGUAAUAAGGAGUUGAAGACAACAAAAUUCACUAACUUUUGUUUUAUACCAUAAACUUUGUAGGUGCGGGGUUCUUGAAAUUUUUAUUUUCUCAACCAUCAGUUUAGUUCCCCCAUUUUUAUUUCUGAAUUAAUUUACUUUGCAAUCUUGGUCACUAGUAAGUAUAAGCAAAUCUCUAUUUAUGAACUUUUCUUUUUAAAAUAUAUACUUAAAUCAGUUGUUAGGAUAUUCAUUUUAUGGAUGUGUGUAUGAAUGUGCUGAUUGAAUUGUGAUAAGAAAAAUUUUGUGCAAAUGUACGGGAUCCAAUUACUAUUGUUUUCUUUUUUGUAUGGAUAAUAAAAAUUCAAAGUUUCUAA